AUGAAACCUCUUAUGGAUUUGCCUUUGAUAUCAAGAUUAUCUAAAAAAGUAAUACGUAUAUUAGGAUGCAACCCAGGACUCAUGACAUUGCAAGGAACAAAUACUUACCUUGUUGGCACUGGACACAGACGUAUAUUAAUUGAUGCAGGUGACUCAGAAACUGCCCCAGAGUAUACAAAAUUAUUGCACCAAGUAUUAGAAGAAGAAAAAGCUACAAUAGAGCACUUGAUAAUAACACACUGGCAUCGUGACCACAUAGGUGGAGUAAAUCCUGUUUUGAAUACGAUAAAGAUGUUAAAUCCUACAGAAAAUAGUAGAGUGUGGAAAUUACCCAGAUCUCUGGAAGAUAAUGGCAUGACUGAAGCAGAAAAAUUGGUUAAUUGGGAAGCAUUGGUGGAUAAACAAAUAAUGGAAGUAGAAGGAGCUAGACUUAGCGUUGAGUAUACUCCAGGACACACAAGCGAUCAUGCAGUUCUUUGGUUAAAAGAAGAUGGGGUAUUGUUCAGCGGGGAUUGUAUUCUUGGAGAGAGAACCGCUGUUUUUGAAGAUCUGCAUAGUUACAUGAUUUCACUGAACAAAAUUUUGGCAAUGGAACCAGAAAUAAUUUAUCCUGGGCAUGGGGCAGUAAUAAGAGAUCCAAUAGCCAGUGUUAAUUUUUAUAUUGAACAUAGACAGAAAAGAGAAAAUGAAAUUUUAGAAGUUUUACAAGAAAAUUCAAGAAGUAAUACAAUGUCUGAAAUGGAUAUUGUAAAACAUAUAUACUCGGAAAUUGCGAGCAACAUGUGGGAAGCAGCAGCCUACAAUAUAUAUCAUCAUCUAAAUAAAUUACUAAAAGAAGGCAAAGUAAAAGGCGAAAAAGGAAAAUGGCAGAUUUUAUGACAUUAUUUAAUUUCAAGUAGUAACUUAUUAAAUUAUUAAACAACCCAAUUGUAAAGUACUUAACUGUAAAUGUUAUGUAAAGUAGAUUAACUUUUUUUUAUUGUUAUAUAGUUUAUUACUGUUCAAUAUUAACUAAUGCCAUAACCAUGUUGAUUAAAAAAAUUAUUGAAAAAGCAAUGCUGUGAAACAUUUAUUCAACUUACAGAAGUAAAAUGAUAAUACAUGCUCAUGAUUUUCGUUUUCAAUGUUUAAGCUGAUAACGCUACAGAUGUGCGUACAGUGUACAGUAAAUGUUACAAAUAAUUUCACGAAGUACAUACCACGUAGUACAA